AUUCGACUGAGGUUUAUUCAGGUAGAAGAGUUUAAUUUGAACCAAUGCAUUUUUUUCUCUCUUUUUUCAGAAAUUCCAUUGAUUUUUUUUUAUUUUUUAUUGUGCGGUCCCAAAUGGUCACGUGUGUACCUCACCCAAUCAAAUGGCAGUUUGCUCUCAACUUAUUAGCUGACUGGGGCUUUGCGAGGGGGAAGUUGCCUCUCCAUUUUCACAGAUUGUUAUUUUGUGAGCGUGUUACUGUAUGUGUGUGUGAAUGUUUUUAUGUGUGUGUGUGUGUGUGUAUGCAUGAGAGUGCAUGCCUGCCAUGUCGACAUCUGGAGCUUUGACAGGAUACUAUAUUGACUCCCUUGUUAUGCCGGACAACGAGGAGACUCGCUUUCCCUCAGGUUCAGGGCUCAUUCAGCACAGGCCCUCCGUUUUACCCACAGAUCAUACAGAGAUCGGCCCCUGCACAUUCCCGGCAAAGCAAGCCGUUUAUGGUGGCUCAGGUUGGGGCCACAUCCCUACGCAUUUCUCCAGUGGUGUACCGUCAGUGUAUCCGCCGCAUACACAGCCUCCAGUAGCUGGGGAUUACGUGCAGUCUUGGCUUUUGGACUCUGCAUGUGGGCUGCCUUUCACUGAGCUACCGACGGUACAUCAUCACUAUCAUACCAAACCCGAUACAAAUAGAACGAAUGAGGACGGCACAGAGGCCAGUCAGGCCAGUUCACAUGUCGUACUCCCUCCCGGAGGCUUCAUUAACGGAAGAUGCUCUACCGACACAGAGAAAGUAUCUGGCCGGACUGAUGAGAAGGGAGGCGAUAUCGAGGAGAAACCGGGCGCUAAUCCAGAAAACCCUGUGUCCAACUGGCUUCAUGCGAGCUCAACGCGUAAAAAACGCUGCCCGUAUACUAAGCACCAGAUCCUCGAGCUGGAGAAAGAAUUUUUAUUUAACACUUACCUCACGCGCGACCGGCGGUACGAGGUCGCCCGUCUACUGAACCUCACGGAGAGACAGGUCAAAAUUUGGUUUCAAAACCGCAGGAUGAAGAUGAAAAAAUUUAAAAGAGAUGGAUCGAAGGACGAAUGAAGCACUUCGUAUAUGUGAGGAUGUGAGCUGAUACAUCCUUUUACUCAAAUGUUGUCAUGGGAUUUUACAUUAGAUGUCAUUCUUUUCAAACAAACCAUAUUUGACUUAAAUAGGCCUAAAGCAUGCUGGGAUUGUGUUGUUUUAUUGAGUUAUAGGCUAUUUCUCAUACGUGGAUCCAUUUUAAUGAAUACGGCACAAAUCAAUGUUUCAGACGAUCACUGAUGCAGCCUUAAAACAAUCUGUAUUUAAUUUAGACCUAAUUUAUUAGAAGUUAAUAAAUAUGUCGGAGCUAUGUGCUCUUCCUCUUCGAUUGCAGGUGUGUAUUUCAGACCGCUAAUUAACAUUUUCUUUUAAUCUGUAACUAUUACUAUAAUUUGCUUAGAAAUAUUGGGCCCAAUUUUAUGUAAAGGUACUAAUACACUUGAGAUCAUGUGGCCUUAGAUUAUUUUUUUUAAAUAUGACACUUCACUGGGCUACCUAUUUGUUUUGAAUCGACCAACAUUUUCACGCCAUUACACACGAUGUGAUAAUGGUGAGAACAGGCUGGAUAAUGGGUGAAGUCUGCGAACUUCAGGGAACAAGUCAAGUUAGAUUGUGAGCUAUAGAAAUAAAAGCACUGUAGGCAACUUUACAAAUACCUCAUGGUCUGUUGACCGCCAUAUUCUUUUUGUUAUUUUUUUUGUUUUGUUUACUGUUUACCUAUUUUCUCAGAUGCCAUUUGUGAUUUUAUUUAUUGAAUAAUAAAGCAAUUCAUAUCUCCAAACAAGUCUCCCUUACAUUUUGUAUUCCUCGUGAUUUUUUUUAAAUAACAAUUAAGUUGUAAUAUAACCUGAU